GUAUACACCAACACACACACACCCGUACCCUCACUCAUCAUCACCGCGUAAAACAAUGGAUAAAAUCUACUGUUGUGUUAUUUGAUAAACUUUCCUGUCAAACGGCGAGCACAGGGAAGAGCACAGGAACAGUGAAAAACAAUUUUCCCCACUUGCAAGCGUAAAAAAGUCUACCCUCCACCCCCUUAAAAGCCAACUUCCCAUUCAGAUCACGCAAUUACUACACUCGGAGCCAUCAUCGUCGUCAUCAUCAUCCUCAUCGCCAGCAGUCAUUCGCUCCUGGCACUUUGGCAGUCUUUGUUUGUUGUUUGUGGGGUGUCAGUAUUUUUUUGUGCGACACAGUUUUAUUGUUGGCAAACCGAAGACAGGCAAUCCUUUCGAGUGCUCCCGUUCUCCAGUGAAUUAAUUGUCCCUUUUUGGGGAGGAAGGAGCGCGCACCGAAGACGAGAAGGGAGCUCCCUCCCAAGGAACCUUCCCGGUGGUGUAUCAUCACCAACUAACCUUCCCCGUCCCCAGCCAAUCAUCAUGUUCAGCUUCGAUGGAGAGUUCCGGCGCCGGCCGCAGCAAAAUCUCGGCGGUGCCUCACUGAAAACCGACCGGCUGACGACGAUCCGGAAGGCGCAGCAGGAGCGGCAGAAGCGCGAGGAGGCCCGCCGCCACCAGUGCGGUGCGAUCGUGAUACAGUCCGCCGUGCGGAGCUUUGUCCAGCGCCAGCACACCAAGCAGCGGGAGCGGGACAAGUUCGACGAGUACCGGCGGGCGCACGGGGCGAUACGGGACGGUGGGCAGGAUCUGGAGUACUACAGCAAGCGGAUCAUCUUUUUCUAUCAGCAUCGCAGCGGUCAGGACGGAGAUCGGCUGAUCUUUCUCUGCCAGUACAUGAUUAAAAACCCGGGCGAAGUGUUCCGGCUGGUGGAGCGGGAUCCGAUCUGGACCUAUCGCAUCAAACGGCUGCUUGGGCUGUGCUUGGGCCAGAUACUGGUCCCGGAAUGUUCACCGACCAUACCGAUGCGCAUGCUAGAAAUCUACUCCUCCAACACGUACAUCACGAAACACAUCCCACCGACCGGUAGCAGCGGCCAGCAGUACAUCCAGCGCUACCUCGUCUCCAUCUACAGCCAUCUGAUCGAGCGGCGCUACUUCCGCGUCGUUCGGCAGCUGAUCGAAGAGAAGCUGCCGGCAAUCGACGAAGACACCACCACGCUAGCGAACCCGAUCGCGGACGCACUGUUCGAGAUGCUGUUGCGCCCGCUGCAACUGAUCGAUACGGAAGCGCGCGACACGCUCAGCCGCCAGAUACUGCAAUCGUUCACGUUUAACGUGCUCUCGCCGCAGCUCUCCGACCAGGUGAAGCACUUUGUGCUGCCGGCGUUGGGCGAGCGGACCGAUUUCCCCUACUGGACGCUGGUGCGCCACACGGCCGACGAGUACCAGGGUCUGCUGGACUACCGGAGCACGAUACUGGUCGACCUGACGACGGACGACGACGACGACGGUACAGCACCGGUGGGAUCGCGGCCGGUCGGCACGCCGAAAAAAGCGCGCACCACCAAUCGGGUGCAGGACGAGCGGCUACGCUUAACUAGCUCACUUUUGUACUCCCUUUUGAAGCUAGACGAACGACACGUAGAUGAAACAUCAACCUCGAAGGAGCACUUCCGUGCCUACCUCAAAGUGGUCGCCUCGAUGGUGGACAACAUUACCAAACUACCUCGAAAGACGAUCCGCUCUUCGAUCAACCGGCCGCUGGACGAUUCGAGCGAUUCCGACUCGGACGGGGAGGACGGACCGGCGCUGGGGCCGCGCGAGGCCGCCCUGCUGCACGCCGUCAUCGGUAUGCUGAACGAGCGGCGCCGCGUAUCGUUCACCGUGCGCCUGAUCGACACGGUGCUGGACGAUCCGCUGGCGGUGCAGCACCUCUGCCAGAUCUGCCACCAGCUGAUGACGUACAACCGGAUGGCGGUGUACGAGUACAAGCUGCUGUACAUGCUCGCGUCCAAGCCGCUGAUCAUCCGGGGGCUGUGGUACACGCUGACCGCGCACAGCACCGGCCAGCUGUUUAGCUCCCCGAUCGUGCGUCUCUCGAAGGGAAUCAACAUCUCGAAGGAAGAUUCCGACCGUACCAUUCCGAUUCUGGCCUCGUUCUGCGCACUGUUCGGGCGGCUGAUCGCCUCCCUGCACGACGGCGAGUUCGUGCAGGAGAACGUACUGCCCGGCACGGUGAGCAGCAUCAUGCCGUUCAGCAUACCGGAGCUCAUACCGCUCAGCACCACGCUGAAGGAGAUCUCGCUCGGGCUGGUCGAGCUCGCCUUUCCCGAAACGCGCUCCAGCCUGCACGAAAAUUAUCGCACGAUGAUAUCGUCCCUGAGCGGCGGGGAGGCGCGCAGUUUCGGCGGCACGGGCUCGCUCGUCGGCAGGCAGCGCAGCCAACCGUACGAGCAAAACCGCCAGAUAUGGCCCCACCUGCUCAAGGUGUGCGUUUCGCUGCUGCGCCAGAUACACACGCGCGAUCUGCGCCGCUGCUUCUGUCCCGAGGGACACUGGACGGCGCAAAACCUUAACCUGCCGCUAGACAAACCGACCGAUCUGCACCUGUCGCGCGGUUCGCGGCGUGGCCCCCGGCCAUUCCAGCCGAUCAGGGACUUUACGCGGGAAGACAUCGAGGACGGCCCGCCGCUAUCGACCAAGCAGAUCCGUUCGAUCACGAUCCUGCGCGAGAUACCGUUCGUGGUGCCGUUCAAUACGCGGGUCGGCGUGUUUCAGGGGCUGGUGGCGGCGGACAAGCUGCGGACGCAGGGCGACCUGCAAGGGUUUCUCCAGGGACCGUCGAUACAUCUCACCGUCCGGCGGUCCCAUCUGUACGAGGAUGCGUUCGACAAGCUCAGCCCCACGAAUGAACCCGAUUUGCGGCCCAAAUUCCGCAUCGAAAUGGUCAACUCGGUGGGGCUGCGGGAGGCCGGCAUCGACGGUGGUGGCGUGUUUCGCGAGUUUCUGUCCGAGCUGAUCAAGCUGGCGUUCGAUCCACAUCGCGGAUUUUUCAUGAUAACGAAAGACAACAUGCUCUAUCCGAACCCGUGCGUGGGGAAGAUUGUGGAAGACUUCCAGCGCCACUACUACUUCAUCGGCCGCAUCCUCGGCAAGGCACUGUACGAGAAUCUGCUGGUGGAGCUACCGUUGGCCGAGUUUUUCCUCUCCAAGCUGGCCGGCAAACACUCCGACGUGGAUGUGCAUCAGCUGGCCUCGCUGGAUCCGGUGCUGUAUAGAAAUUUAAUGUCUCUAAAAGCGUACGAAGGGGAUGUGGCUGAUUUAGGGUUAGAUUUUACUAUCGUCUGUGAUGCGUUAGGUGAAACAAAGGUGGAGGAGCUAAAACCGAACGGUACGAACAUCAUCGUCAACUCGACGAACCGCAUCGAGUACAUCCAGCUGAUGGCGGACUUUAAGCUGAACCAGCAGAUCCGGGCCCAGUGUGCCGCCUUCCGCCAGGGGCUCGCGAACGUGCUGCCGAUCGAGUGGCUGUACAUGUUCAGCAACAAGGAGCUGCAGGUGCUGAUCUCGGGCGCGGAAAUACCGGUCGACGUGCACGAUCUGCGGCAGCACACGCGCUACGGUGGGGACUUUUCGCUCGAGCACCACACGAUCCAGCUGUUCUGGAAGGUGGUCGAGCAGUUCGAUGACAUCCAGCGCCGGUUGCUGCUGAAGUUCGUCACGAGCUGCUCGCGCCCGCCGCUGCUCGGGUUCAAGGAUCUCGAUCCACCGUUCUACAUACAGAAUGCGGGCGACACGGAUCGACUGCCGUCGGCCAGCACGUGCAUGAAUCUGCUGAAGCUACCGGCGUUCGAGGAGGAGGACGUACUGCGCGAGAAGCUACUGUACGCGAUACAGAGCGGGGCCGGCUUUGAGCUGAGUUAAUGCAGACGCAACCGUGUUCUUAGGAGGUGUGGCGCCGCUUUUUUUGUUUGUUUCGGUGUGAAAGUAGCGUGUAAUAGUGACGGAAGCGAAACGGUGAGUGCGGAGCAUAUGACACAACAUCCAGGGGAAUUACGAAAAAAAAACAAA